AUUACAAGACCAUUAUAUUCAAAGAUACUCUUCUCUACAAAAACAGAUCUUACAACAUAACGUUAAAGAACGUCGGUCGUGUAAAAUUGUUUUAUGCCUGGAACCUUUCCAUGGCGAGAAACGAAAGGGGAAAGUCGAUUGUAGCCGGUCAAGACAUCAACUGCAGCCAAGUUGCUGGCGCUGAUGAGGAUGUCGGUCCACCGUUGACCAGCAGGCACAUGGUGGCACCGCAGCAAGCAUCACCAGACACUUCUCCCGUGACCAACCAGUCUCAGGCUUAUUGUCCAUUCUCGAUAUCUCCCGCGUGUGGUGUGGUAGAGGCAAGUGCUGAACAAACGUUUUCCGUUACAUUUAGUCCAAUGAUCGUCCAAGAAUUUCAUGCGCUCCUUUCAUGCAGUAUGAACAACUUAGCGCCAGGUAUGGGCGGACCUACGGUUCAACUGAAAGGACGGUGCCUACUUCCUUACUGCCACUUUUUAGAUUUUGAAGAAUCAGAUUAUUUGACUGGUUCCAGAAGAAACCCCGAUUUGUUGGCUCCCUUCAUCAUCCCUUCUUUUCGGAAGACGCUAAGUGAAGUUGCUGCCGACCCAACCACCAAGGUCACGGAGUUCCAUGCCGUCGGUGUCUGUCGCACUAUCGUCAAAAAAUUUGACCUAAUGAACCCAACAAACAUGGACUAUUCAGCUUUGUGGGAGUGCAUGGAUCCAGAAGUGCCGGGUCUCACUCCUCCGUUUACCUGCUGCACUCCUUCCAUCUACGUCCGCUCCAUGAAAAAAAACGAAAUUGUAUUUGAGUUCCAAGCAAGCAGCUUGCAUGUUGUUGAAAGUUACUGGCAGUUGAGGAUACCGUUCUUUAACUUUGUACAAAAAUUUCUUAUUGUGGGAAGAAGCAGGGAGCCGCAAGUCAUGUUCGACCAACCAUUUCACAAUUUCGACGCAGUCCUUAUUGGUAAUGAAACUUCCACUACCGUCAAUUUGUUGAACAAUGAAGACGAAUCCUUCCAAUUCAAAUUCGAUUUGUCGUCGUGCUGCAUUGCAGAGUGCCAAGAAGUAUUAAACAUCAAUCCGACGCUGCCAGUGUGCAUACGUUUCAAUGCCCAACAUGAAAAGGAAGUAAACUUCAACGUAAAAUGUUACAUCAAAUGUAUGACGUCACCAUUGUCUCUCAACAUAAAAGGUCGUGGAUACGCCAUGAACGCAGUCGUCUCGUACGGAAAGCAGGGCGACGAAAUGAUGACAACCUUGCAACCUGCUCAUCUUACCACUCUUGAUUUUGGAAAGGUGCGUGUUUACGACAGCUCAGUGCUCUCCAUUUCAAUACAAAACGUUGGUUCUUUCAAGUUUGAAUUUUCAUUUACACUGUCCAAGAAGAACAAACCAGUUAGAGAUUUCACAAGUGAAACUUCUCUGGUCAGCAUCGUACCAUCGUCGGCUGUUGUCGAGCAGGGUGAUAAAUGUAACUGCACGCUUGUCUUUCGACCUAAACAGCAACUAGUCCUACAAAAUUAUCUACUGACUCUUUAUGUCAGGAGUUUUGUCAACAUCAAACAUGGUGCGACCUACUGCAUGCUGCUCGCUGGACAGUCAGAUCAAUCGUCGCUUGACUUUUCUUGUUCCUAUUUCAAUUUCGGUUCUCAGUUCAUUUACAAGGCUGACGUCGAACCUCCUUGCGUUCUCUUGACUAUCAAGAAUCAGUCAGAGAAGCCCAUCAGCCUGAAUUGCACAAGUGAACCAGACUCCUGGCUUUCAUUCCAUUUCAAGCCACACAUACUGAAUCCGUGCAAAUCAUUGUCUGUUAAGUUCUCCUUUCAUGCAAGAGAAACUAAGAUGUUUGACCGGGAUAUAACAUUUGUCAUUGACGAAGUAGCCACAAAAGACAUUCACUUCCAUGGUCAAGGAGUAGAAUUAAAUCUCGGUGUAGAAAAUCCCUGUCACAAUACAAUAGACCUCGGAGCCUUAUGCCCAGGACAGUGUACUAGAAGAUUAGUCCCUAUUGCGAAUAAGAGUUUAGCGCCUGUUACGUUUCAGGUAAAUAUUCUUCCAGAAGAGAAAGAGUUGUUGCACCUUGGGACAUUGAGCAUAGGACCUGCUGGAAUGUUUACAAUUCCUGCCUGCUCAACAUUCAAUGUUGAUAUUUCGUUUGCUCCUUGGAAAAGAAUAAAACAAUUUAAUGAAGCUAUAAUAGCUGAAGGUUUGGGUUUUAAGAAAACUCUAUUCAUGAUAAAAGGAUCAGGUCUUGGCUUUGAAGUUCUUCUAAACGUGAAUCGAAUCUAUUUUGGAGCCUGUGUUCAAAAAAGUGUUACAGUCAAACAGUUACACAUGUCAAACACUGGAGAUUUCGGAACGAACUUUCGAUGGGACACGAAAGAGAUGACACCAAACUUCUGCAUCAGUCCUGAGAGAGGGUACAUACCAGCUGGCGCAGAAGUUUUGUUUGAUGUCACAUUCCAGCCAAAAAAAAUUGUUGAUGAUAUACGUGUUGAGUCUUGGGUUAUUCGGCCUGUUAUCGAAAGUGAACACUGGACUGGAUCUGAAAUAUUCAAUUUACAACCUAACUCCACGAGCAACUACAUUUUGACAUACCAACCCAUGGUUAUGACGUCAGAUAACGAGAAGCACACAAGCAGUAUCUUUUUCCCAUUCCCGGAUGGCACUGGAGUUUUGUACAAUCUUGUUGGAAUUGCCGACGCUCCAUCAGCAACAACAAAAAUAACCAGGGAGAUACCUUGCAGAACUCUUUACGUUGAAUCUAUUCCAGUCGAAAAUUGGCUUAAUAAACCCCAAAAAUUCAGGAUAAAGAUAGAUUAUUUAUUGAUCAAUGCUCCAAAUACUCGGGAUAACAAAGAUAAAAAUGAUAAAAUUUCGUUGAGAGAAAAGGUCAUAUUUGUGAAUAGCACAACACAUGAAUACUCAUUCGUCGAACUGACACUAACAUUUAAAAAACCUGAUGUGGUUUGCACGUUCGAGAUGAAUACAACAGUCAGACAAAAAGUCACUCAGGAUAUACUAAUCAUAAAUCCACUCAUGAUCCCAACGACAUUCACAGUUACAAGCAGUUUGCCUGAUUUAUGUUAUCUGAAUCAGCUCAUUGUACCAGCUGUCUCUGAGAAAUUAUUUUAUGUCGAAUAUUUUCCUUUAAAACCGGAAAUACUAAGGGGUAAAUUGGAAAUGACAUCAAACGAAAUGGGACAAUUAGUUUAUGAAAUCAAGUUAAUUGCUUCAGAGUCACUUCCUGAAAAAGAACUUGUGUUCAAAACAUCACUUGGUUCAAGUCAAUCACAAUUAGCGCGAUUCACGAAUUAUAGUAAAUCAAAGACUGAUUACAUUUGCAAAGUAAACCACAGUGACUUCACGUGUGAAAAAGUUGUAACAGCCAUUAACGCAGGCACAGAACAGUCCAUAGAGGUGACCUAUCAACCAUCCAGUCUGGGAAGGGUUGAGACAACGUUAGUGGCCAGUUCUCCUCAUGGUGGAACAUACACAUUUCCAAUUUUUGCAGAGUGUCAAUUUCCUAGACCCCAAGGACCGUUCGUUAUUAAACAUGGAUCCCCUGCAACAAUUGUGUUCAAGAAUGUUUUCAAAAAGGCUACUAAAUUUAACUUUCAUGUUGACAACCCAAAUUUCCGAGUGAAUACCGCGUCUGAGACUAUUCAAGCAAAUAGGGAUUACAAAAUCAUUGUUACAUUGGACGGAACUGCCUCAGCCACAAAGUUAACUAAGACGGGAAAGUUGAUAGUUGUAUGUCCUCAAGCGACAACUGCAUGCCAACCUUCGAGAAUUCAAUGGGAUUAUUAUUUGAAAGUUAUGGAUGUCGGACUUGAACUUCCAGUAGGAUCGCGAUUGUUGUAUAUUGGUCACCAGCUUGCUCCAUGUUUUUAA